GUGCCAUAAUGUUAAAUGGAAACACAACAUAAGUGCUUCUUUUUUAAGCACCAACGUAGAAGUUUACAAAGAAGAAAAUUUGUAUGUGUUUAUUAGUUCUUAACAACCCUCCUUUACAUAUUUAUUUUUCAAACUUGAAAUAAUAACAUGGAAAGUCACCAAAGGUAAAGAGGAACUAACAUCAAGAAACCAUGGAAGAGGUGUUGAAUUCAAUUAGCCAUGGUUGCGAAUUAGCGAAGAAAAUAGAAUCGGAGCAACUACCAAAUAUGGCCAAUAUCCAACCUGAUAUAUUGGUUUCUUCUAUUGAUGAAGUUGUGAAGGCAUUCAAUGGUGCAAAGGAGAAGCUGUUGAUGACUAUGGUGAAUAACAAUUUGAUCGGAGCAUCUUCUUCUUCUUCUUCUUCUUCAUUUGCUCCAUUGUUCAAUAUGCAUGAAACUCAACAACAAAUGGGUGCAUGCGCAAGUUCUUUCUCAAGUAUGAUGCAAGAAUGGAUGAUGAAGUCUUCUUCUUCUACAAGCUAUGCACACACAAUGGAUCAGGUUUUGUUGCAAAUGCAGCAUCAUCAACGUCAACCACAAGGAUUCCCUUUGAUAGGUGGCGCUGGUGGCGGCGGAGAUCUUCAGCAGUUAAGAAAUGUUGAAGGAUCAUCAUCUAUGGAGAAAUCAAUGAAAGGGCUUGAGGUACAAGUUCAUGCUACUCAACUAUCACCUUCAAGGCCACGGAAAAGGAAGAAUGAUGCGGAGAAGAGAGUAGUGAAUCUUCCAGCUCAACAACUUGGAAACACAGAAAUGCCUAUGGAAGAUGGAUUCACUUGGAGAAAAUAUGGUCAGAAAGAAAUACUUGGUUCUAAGUAUCAAAGGAGUUAUUACAGGUGCACCCAUCAGAAACAAUAUGGAUGCCCAGCAAAGAAACAAGUGCAGAAAAUUGAUAACAAUCCAAACAUAUUUGAAGUAACAUACGUUGGCGAUCACACAUGCCACAUGUCAUCAACAGCACCAUCAACAUUUCCACAGCAACUUCAACUUGAUAACAUUAACAUAAUGCCUCCCAAUAAUCCUCUUCAAGGAGCAGGAGGACCUAACACUUCCUCUCCUUCUUCUUCUAUGUGGAUGCACUCAGUUAGCCUCAGUCUCGGCGGCGGCGGCGGCGAUGGCAGCAGCAGCGGUGGUGCUGGACCGUCUACUUUGAAAUACGGUGUCGGCGGUGCUGAUUAUCUGGUGGCGGAUAUGGCUGAUGUUAUGUUUAAUUCUGGGAGUAGCAGUGGGAAUUGCAGUAUGGAAUCUCUCUUCCCUACUUCUGAUGAUAAAUGGGAUCCAAGUGAAAAGAAAACCUGAUCAACAUGAUUAAAUGGAAUCUCUCUUUCACUCUUCUCUGUUCAAGAAUUUAACAUUUCUCUAGAAAUUCUUACAUGUUUCUUCGGCUGUAGAUGCUCGUUUCUUAUUUAUCAUUCGAUAGAUGCCAUGGUUAUUAUAUUAAUAGCCUUUGUUAUUUUCCAUUUUCACUGUGUAAUAAUGUUUAUGGUAAAAUACACCCCUUUUUUUUUAAUUCGUCA